CCCUCUGUGACACACCAUGCUGCGUGGGCUGAUGAGGACACAGAGAGGAGGGACGCCUGGGGUCACCCUGGCUUGUCUCCUCUUAACCACCGCAGGCUGCUUUGCUGACUUGAACGAGGUCCCUCAGGUCACCGUGCAGCCCGCGUCCACUGUGCAGAAGCUCGGAGGAACUGUGAUCCUGGGCUGUGUGGUGGAGCCUCCGUGGAUGAACGUAACCUGGCGCCUGAACGGGAAGGAACUGAAUGGCUCAGAUGAUGCUCUGGGCGUCCUCAUCACCCACGGAACCCUAGUCAUCACUGCCCUCAACAACCACACCGUGGGACGCUACCAGUGUGUGGCCCGGAUGCCCGCGGGGGCUGUGGCCAGUGUGCCAGCCCCUGUGACACUAGCCAAUCUCCAGGACUUCAAGUUAGAUGUGCAGCACGUGAUUGAAGUGGAUGAGGGGAACACAGCGGUCAUUGCCUGCCACCUGCCGGAGAGCCACCCGAAAGCUCAGGUCCGGUACAGCGUCAAACAAGAGUGGCUGGAGGCCUCCAGAGAUAACUACCUUAUCAUGCCAUCGGGGAACCUCCAGAUUGUCAACGCCAGCCAGGAGGAUGAGGGCAUGUACAAGUGUGCGGCCUACAACCCAGUGACCCAGGAAGUGAAAACUUCUGGCUCCAGCGACAGGCUGCGUGUGCGCCGCUCCACCGCAGAGGCUGCCCGCAUCAUCUACCCCCCAGAGGCCCAAACCAUCAUUGUCACCAAAGGCCAGAGUCUCAUCCUGGAGUGUGUGGCCAGUGGGAUCCCACCCCCACGGGUCACGUGGGCCAAGGAUGGGUCCAGUGUCACCGGCUACAACAAGACGCGCUUCCUGCUGAGCAACCUCCUCAUUGACACCACCAGUGAGGAGGACUCAGGGACCUACCGCUGCAUGGCCGACAACGGGGUCGGGGAACCCGGGGCAGCCGUCAUCCUCUACAACGUCCAGGUGUUCGAACCCCCCGAGGUCACCAUGGAGCUGUCCCAGCUGGUCAUCCCAUGGGGCCAGAGUGCCAAGCUGACCUGCGAGGUGCGUGGGAACCCCCCGCCCUCCGUGCUGUGGCUGAGGAACGCUGUGCCCCUCACCUCCAGCCAGCGCCUGCGGCUGUCCCGCAGGGCCCUGCGCGUGGUCAGUGCGGGGCCCGAGGAUGAAGGCAUCUACCAGUGCAUGGCCGAGAAUGAAGUUGGGAGCGCUCACGCCGUGGUCCAGCUGAGGACUGCCAGGCCAGGCACAACCCUGAGGCCCUGGCAGGAUGCCAGGCUGGCCACUGCCACACCUCCUGCGCCACCCCCCAGACCUGGCCGCACUGACCAGAUGCUGAGGGGCCAACCGGGGCUCUCCAGGUCCCCGCCGUCAGUGCAGCCUGCCUCCCCACAGUGCCCAGAAGAGGAGGGGCAGGCGGCACCUGCCGAGGCCCCCAUCAUCCUCAGCUCACCCCGGACCUCCAAGACAGACUCCUACGAACUGGUGUGGCGGCCUCGACACGAGGGCAGUAGCUGGGCGCCGAUCCUCUACUACGUGGUGAAACACCGCAAGCAGGUCACCAACUCCUCUGAUGACUGGACCAUCUCCGGCAUUCCGGCCAACCAGCACCGCCUGGCCCUCACCAGACUCGACCCCGGGAGCUUGUACGAAGUGGAGAUGGCAGCGUACAACUGCGCGGGCGAGGGCCAGACAGCCAUGGUCACCUUCCGAACUGGACGGCGGCCCAAACCCGAGAUCGUGGCCAGCAAGGAGCAGCAGAUCCAGAGAGAUGACCCUGGGGCCAGUCCCCAGAGCAGCAGCCAGCCGGACCACGGCCGCUUGUCUCCCCCAGAAGCUCCGGACAGGCCCACUAUCUCCAUGGCCUCUGAGACUUCAGUCUACGUGACCUGGAUUCCCCGAGGGAAUGGUGGGUUCCCGAUCCAGUCCUUCCGGGUGGAGUACAAGAAGCUCAAGAAAGUGGGAGACUGGAUCCUGGCCACCAGUGCCAUCCCUCCCUCGCGGCUGUCUGUGGAGAUCACAGGCCUGGAGAAAGGCACCUCUUACAAGUUCCGAGUGCGGGCUCUGAACAUGCUGGGGGAGAGCGAGCCCAGCGCGCCGUCCCGGCCCUACGUGGUGUCAGGCUACAGCGGCCGUGUGUACGAGAGGCCCGUGGCAGGCCCCUACAUCACCUUCACGGACGCCGUCAACGAGACCACCAUCAUGCUCAAGUGGAUGUAUAUCCCAGCGAGUAACAACAACACCCCGAUCCAUGGCUUUUAUAUCUACUAUCGACCCACGGACAGUGACAAUGAUAAUGACUACAAGAAGGAUAUGGUGGAAGGGGAUAGGUACUGGCACUCCAUCAGCCACCUGCAGCCAGAGACCUCCUACGACAUUAAGAUGCAGUGCUUCAACGAAGGAGGGGAGAGCGAGUUCAGCAACGUGAUGAUCUGUGAGACCAAAGCUCGGAAGUCUUCCGGUCAGCCUGGACGUCUCCCGCCCGCAACCCUGCCCCCGCCACAGCCACCCCCUCCUGAAACCAUAGAGCGGCCAGUGGGCGCUGGCGCCAUGGUGGCGCGCUCGAGCGACCUGCCCUACCUGAUUGUCGGUGUCGUCCUGGGCUCGAUCGUCCUCAUCAUCGUCACUUUCAUCCCCUUCUGCUUGUGGAGGGCCUGGGCUAAGCAAAAACACACAACAGACCUGGGCUUUCCUCGAAGUGUCCUCCCACCCUCCUCCUGCCAGUACACUAUGGUGCCAUUGGGAGGACUCCCAGGCCACCGGGCCAGCGGACAGCCCUACCUGAGCGGCGUCAGCGGACGGGCCUGCAGCGGUGGGGCCCCUGUGAACAGGGGCUGCCCCGCGGCGGCAAUGGGCGGCCCAGGCGCGAGACCCCAGCAGCACUGCCCCGGGGAGCUUCCGCAGCAGAGUGACACCAACAGCCUGCUGAGGCAGACCAUUCUUGGCAAUGGAUACGACCCCCAGAGUCACCAGGUCAUCAGGGGUCCCAAGUCUAGCCCAGACGAGGGCUCUUUCUUAUACACACUGCCUGAUGACUCAACUCACCAGCUGCUCCAGCCCCACCAAGACUGCUGCCGCCUCCAGGAGCAGCCAGCUGCCACGAGCCGGUCAGGCAUGAGGAGUGUCCCUGAGUGUCCUGGACUGGAAGCAACAUGGGGCCCCCCUUUUCACUCAGGGCCCCCGUGCUGCUUGGGCCUUGUACCAGUUGAAGAGGUGGACAGUUCUGACUCCUGCCAAGUGGGUAGAGGAGACUGGUGUCCCCAGCACCCCCCAGGGGCCUACGUAAGACAGGAACCUGGGAUGCGGCUCUCUCCCAGCCCACCGAUUCAUGUGUCCUUUGAAACACCACCUCCCACAGUUUAGGCAGAAGCCAA